UCACAUUUACAAGCUACAUUUUUGUUGUAUAAACUAACCUUUUUGGUUACAAAUACAUUGGUUUGACGUUCUGUGCAUUGUAACAUGGAGAAGCACGCGGGGUUUGAGGAUGUUCUUCGAUAUUUUGAUGAAGACGGGGAUGGAAAGGUUUCACCUUUAGAGCUGAGGCAUGGGUUGGGAGUGAUGGGAGGGGAGCUUUUGAUGAAAGAAGCAGAAAUGGCAAUUGAAGCAUUGGAUUCAGAUGGUGAUGGGUUGUUGAAUUUGGAGGAUUUGAUUGCUUUGAUGGAAGCUGGGGGAGAGGAACAGAAGUUGAAGGAUUUGAGAGAAGCUUUUGAGAUGUAUGACACUGAAGGGUGUGGUUUUAUUACCCCAAAGAGCUUGAAGAGGAUGCUUAAGAAGAUGGGUGAGUCCAAGUCCAUUGAUGAAUGCAAAGUCAUGAUCAAUCAGUUUGAUUUGAAUGGGGAUGGCAUGCUUAGUUUUGAAGAAUUUGCAAUCAUGAUGAAGUGAGGCCUGUGUAUAUACAUGUUCAUACUGUAUAGUUUUUUAUUUUAUUUAUUUAUUUAUUUGGG